AGACGAUCAUGUUUAUAAGAAUCUCUGUACUGCAUGCAAACGAAAACUCUCUCUCUCUCUCUCUCUCUCUCUCUCUCUCUCUGUAUGUCUGAAACUCCCAGCUUUGAACAACUAAAAUCUGAACCGUUGAAACCCAGAGGAUGCAAAAGACAUCGAAAGGAAAAGAAGAUGAUGAAGAAAAAGGAGCAUUGGGAAUAUGGGAUUGUGGAAGCCCUUUAUAUGACUCGUACGAACUGGUUUCAGUUACUCAUAUCAUCGAUCGGCAUCUGAUGUCACUGCCAUAUAUCGGUGGAUCAAAGCGUAAUUUCUUCCUCGCCCGAUCAUUCUCUCGAGCAAAUGAUCAAGCUGUACUUGCCACCACUUCAAUUAAUGUAUCGAACUCGGCCUCCUCCUCCAGAAGAAGAAGUACUACUUGCGAAGGUUCUGCAUCUGCUGCCAUGGUGGCCAGGUUGGAUAAAUUUGAUGUGAGGAAGCUGUUGAAGAGGAAGGUGAACCUGGGUGGAACUGGCCGAAGGAAGGAACAUCCUGAAAAAGCGAAAACAUGGCUGUCUGCUUUACUUAAGAGGAUUGGUUUCUGGAAGAAGAUCUAGAAACGCUUGUAUGAGUGAAUUAAUGAAACAGGUAACUUGAUCAGUGUGU